AUGUCAGACCUCCUUGAAAAGUCUCUUGACGAGAUUAUCUCGGCAAAAUCAUCAUCAAACAGAAACAGAAGCCCUAAAAGAGGCCCAAGACGCAGUGGUGGCAGAUCAGAGGCUCGCCGUGGCCGUCGAUUUUCCGACUCCAGACAAACACUGACCAUCAGGUUCCGCAGAGAUGGCAGCGGCGAUUAUUAUCGUCCAUCAUCAUCAUCAUCUAGAUCACCACCACCUCGUUAUCGUUCGUCAUCCGAUAGAUCAAAUCGGUAUUCGUCGCAUUCCCGAUCAUCCCCGGUGAGUCCAGAAAUCAUCAGGUUGGCGAAUGGUCAACCGUUUGUGAAGAUUGAGAAUUUGAGCGACGCGUUGACGGAACACGACAUCUCCGACCUUUUCUCGAGGAUUGGCGAGGUGAAUUUCUGUAGAAUUGAAUUCGACACCCGUGGCCGCAGUCAAGGGGUAGGAUAUGUUGGGUAUGUCAAUCCAAGUGAUUGUGCCAGUGCCAUUGAGCAAUUUGAUGGUAAAAAAGCAGUGGGCAACAUCAUAAGCGUGACCAAUGGGAUACCAUUGGCCGAUAGAAUAGGAUUAGGAGUCGGUGGAAAUAGAGGUAGAGGAAGUAGAAGAGGUGACAGAGAAAGAAGAGAACCAAAGCCACCGAAACCAACUUUGGAGGAUUUGGACGCCGAGCUAGAUAAUUAUAGAAAUCAAAAGGAUACUGCCAUGGAAGAGGUUAAAGAACCAUAA